CAAGCCAGUCUACACCAACACUGCUCUCAGCGCUUGUCAAAAGCCGGUCUUUGCCCAGUAUCGAAUAUGUUGUGGCACCUUCUCGUGUGCUAUUACACUCUAAACUAAAGUGCAUUCGUUAUCCGUCGUAUAACCACAUUUAGCCUUUAAUCAUUGGUGUUGUUAGCCGGUCAGUUAUCGAUCAAGCCCUCCGCCCUGCACAGCUCAUUGAAAGGACACCGAUCGGGAUUAUUUGCACCUACAGAUGCUUCGUCUAUUAUAAUGCAAGAUGCAUGCUGAUGCUCGGAAGUGGUUGCUCGACUGCGUAUUACUCGUCCUUUUAACCUCCUCCACCUACUGAAAAUAACCGUAAACAGCUGAAAAUCGUUGAUAUUUUGGGGUGAAGAAUGACAGAAUAUAAGCUUGUGGUCGUAGGGGCGGGAGGCGUGGGCAAGAGUGCUCUCACCAUCCAACUCAUCCAGAACCACUUUGUGGACGAAUACGACCCAACCAUAGAGGACUCCUACAGGAAGCAGGUGGUGAUUGAUGGGGAGACGUGUCUGUUGGACAUCUUGGACACUGCAGGUCAGGAGGAGUACAGCGCCAUGAGGGAUCAGUACAUGAGGACAGGAGAGGGCUUCCUCUGUGUCUUCGCCAUCAAUAACACCAAGUCCUUUGAGGACAUUCACCACUACAGAGAGCAGAUAAAACGAGUAAAGGACUCGGAGGACGUCCCCAUGGUCCUGGUGGGGAAUAAGUGUGAUCUUCCGUCCCGCAGUGUGGACACCAAGCAGGCUCAGGAUUUAGCACGGAGCUACGGCAUCCCCUUUAUAGAGACCUCAGCAAAGACGAGACAGAGAGUGGAAGAUGCCUUUUAUACUCUGGUACGGGAAAUCAGGCAAUACCGGCUGAGAAAACUCAGUAAAGAAGAAGAGACAACACAAUGCAUCAAGCUUAAAAAAUGUGUUUUGAUGUGAGCGGGGGCGUGGACGACGCGUUUUACACUUUAGUCCGAGAAAUCCGGAAGCACAAGGAGAAGAUGAGCAAGGAUGGCAAGAAGAAAAAGAAGAAAUCCAAAUCAAAAUGUGUGUUAAUGUGAACAAGCCUUUCCUGUCAUUAUAGACUCAGAAGAAAAAUAAAAAAAAAACUUCCACAGCUGCAUUUUGUACAUUACACUAAAUUAUUAGCCUGCUCAAAAUACAGAAUGGAUCCUUCUUAAAAGAAAUAAGCUUUACUUCUCAUUCGGUGCCAGUCCCUUCACACCGUUCUGGCUUAUUUUCCUGGGUGGGCUGUCAGAAGUGGUUUUAUUUUGCAGUUGGUUUAUCUAGAGUAGUUUUAACAGAUUUCUAAAGAAAGGUGUGGACAUGAAAACAGGCUUUCGGUGUGAGGUAUGAGAGAGAGCUAGCCGUGUAGCUAGCUGCAUGUGAGUCACUUGAUUUUCCAGGAACUGAAACUUUGAGGAAUCAUUUUUGGUGGCGUUUUGAAACAUUAUCACUGUGUAUGAUCCUGGCUUUGGAUGUCCCGGACUUCCAAAAACAACCUGCAUGGGAACUUCCAUUGUAGUCGGAUUUCCACGCCCUCUCUGGAAAGCCAUGGUCAUGCAUGGUGAAAUCUUCACCUUGUUAACCUUAUUUCCCUGUAUGCAUGCUGUGUUCUGUUCAUUAAACUUCCAGGGAAUUCUGUGUAAUAGCCACUGUGGUGUCUGUCCGACAGGCGCGAUUAUUUCAAUAUGGCCGUUGUUCAUUUUUCUGAUCAAUUCAUGAGGUUUUAUAUAAGAGUCAAAAUCUGCUAAGAGGUAACAGCAUGUAAAAAAAAAAAAAAAAAAGUAUCAACUUCAUUAAACAACCAAUUUAAAUGUACCUCUGCAGGCUUUUUUUGAUAAAAGUUUUUUUUUUUUCCGUAUAAAUCAUAAGUCUUUGAUUUAAACCUAAUAAAUUACAGAUCCUGUUGUAAAUAAUACUGAAAACUCACCAGCUCCUGGCAGAUUCUGACUAAAAGAAUAAAGCUGCAGUCGACCAAUCAGAGUUAAGUAUUCCAGAGAGCGUUUGGAAUCUCUCUGUAAGUAUCUACAUUAGCAAAAGCCUCAGAGGAGGAUUUUUAUUACAUAUGAAUAUUUACCCUCUUGUGUCCAGCCAAACAGCACAAUACAAGGCUGAAUUUAUUAUUAUUAUUUUUUUUAUUGCUAAAUUUUGAUUAGUGAAUAUAACCUACUGUACCACUAGUUGUUUUGAUGCAAAUGUAUGUUAAAAAAAGGAACAAAACAAAUGCCUUGUGCGUUUAUGCUGCCAUCAACCAUCAAGACGUUCUGGUUCUAGAAGACUCCGUCUAGUAUACUAAGGCAAAAUGGCAAGUUUUCAGCCAUCACUCAAACCAAAGAGAGUGAUCUAAAGGUUUAUUUUGUGAUGUCAUGAGGUGAUGUCAUUUAUAGGAGACCUACAAUACACGAGCAGAAUGUUGCUUUAAAACCUUGGUCCUUAAGCAUGACUAGUUUGCUUUUCUGAUACUUGUUUCUAUAUUGCUGUUUGACUAAUACAGAGAAAUCUAAACAGGAAAUAAAUCAGGAUGUCUGCUCAUAUGCAAAGUUAAGUGUUGUGGGUGAUUUCUGUUCCCUUUAAAAUCAUUUACUAGCCGUCUGUAACGCGAGUCAUAAGAUAUUUUUGGAACGGUUUCUGUUCUGAAAUGUUCUGUCUGUUGGUGUGCCAAUUGCAAAUGUUGAGACAAGGGUUCAGACGUACAUGUACCUUGUUUAAACAGCCUUUGUACGGUUGUGAUAAAGAUGAAUAUUUUGUAAAUUGUGCUUUUUUUUGUUUAAUGAAUUGAAUGACGCUUAAUUGAGGGUCAUGUGUUGGCGUCUAUGAGAAAGUGCUGAUCUGAGGUCGUCUUUCGCUCCUCGUUCAUGUUUUUUUGGUGAAUGUGAUGGUUCGGAUGAUGGAAGCUGUUCUCAGAUCUGCACGGAUUUAUAAAUGCAACCCAAUCCUGUUUUCCCCCAUUAAUCUCACCUGUCUUAUUUAAUGUGUAAUUAAAAGAAGUACAUAAAACCCA